UCACAAAUUUAAAGGAUGCACUGGUCAGUAAAUACGAUGCCCCUGUCUCCAUAUGUUGAGCUGGGUGUCCAUUCACUGAAUGGCCUUCUGUGGACUCUGCUGCUACUUUUUCUGUGGCACUGUUAUCGGAUGGGCUCCGACCUGCCAAUCCCAGGCCACGCGCAUGCUGGAAAGCUCAACUCAGGCUCAAGACGGUCCAUGAUGUCCCGUGGUGGUAGCUGUGCUGGAACAAAGUGUAGUGCCCGCUCCAAGCUGUCAAGAAGUGAUCAAAUUACCCCCUUUAUUUCCAUGGAAACAGAGGAGGAUGAGGAACAGGGACAGGGCUACCUCACCCCAGUGCUGAGUCAUGCUGUGUUCCCAGCCCAGGCCUCUGCAGAAGCCAAAAAACUGUACACAGCACUGCAAGAAUAUGCCAAGCGCUACAGUUGGGUGGGCAUGGGUCGCAUUCAUAAGGGUCUCCGUGAGCAGGUCAGACUGAAUGAUCACUCUGCUAUACAGAAGCCUCAUCUCUUCUUCCUGCCAGAUGUCCCAAGUGUUCCUUUCUUCCCCCGUGAUGCUCACCGACAUGAUAUUGAGGUGUUAGAAGCCAACUACUCUGUAAUUUUGGCUGAAUUCAGGGCUGUUUAUCAGAGGGGCACAGACUCAAAAUCAGGCUGGACUUGUCUGACACCAAAGGGCCAGGCAGUGUUUCCUUUGUACAGUGCAGGUGUCUGUGUGGCAGGUAACUGUCGCUCCUGUCCUUGCACCUACCGGACACUUCUCUCGUUACGCACAUUUAUAAGCAGUAACUCAUUGGGAUCUGCUGGCUUUUGGCUGUUGGGACCUGGAGCUACUUUGGGGAGCUCAUAUGGACCAACCAAUACACGCCUACGUUGUCAUCUUGGUCUGCAGACUCCACCCUCGUGUGAGCUGGUGGUGGGAGGGGAGCCUCAGUGCUGGUCAGAGGGACACUGCCUCCUGGUUGAUGACUCAUUCCUUCACACUGUCUCCCACAAAGGGCCUCCUGAUGCUGGACCCCGAGUAAUCUUGAGUGUGGACCUCUGGCAUCCAAAUGUAGCCUCAGCAGAGAGACAAGCUUUGGACUUCAUGUUCAGCCCAGACUUCUGAAUUUGCUCCUGCACUACUGAUAUACAACAUUCAGGGAUGCCUUACCUUAGCCCUGCUUGUUGUGGGAUAUGCUUCUCAUUCCAGUCGAUGAAUCACUGUGUGAAUCUGCCCAAAGAAUUACACAAGCCAUUAGCCACACUUUCAAGUCAUGUUUGAUAUAUGGUCUACACCAGGAAGUGCCAUACGAAUGCAUUAUUAUAGUUGAUGUUUGUUACAUGCUAGACAGUUCGACUAUAAACUAUGGACUGACAUCACCUGAAAGCACAAUGAGAACUAAUCUAAGAGGAGCAGCUCUGGUGUUAACUGUUAAAACCUAUCUUGACAUCAUAUACUAUGUUAGUGAAUGCUACUUGCAUGUGAAACCUAUGUGUCCUGAUUACUGGACUUUGUUUUGAGAUGCUGAUGCAUGUACUCUUAUGCCUUCAGGAUGAAAAGAUCAUUAUUGUCAGCAUGGAAUGCUUUAUUUUGAAAUAAAUUUAAUUAACUAUAGUUCAACCAAA